GUUGUCGAAAUAUUAGCAUCGCGAAGCGACUUGCGUGAUUGAAGAAACUACAAGACUAGAGUACGAUACUUUUUGUUUUCAAACAAAUUAGGUCUUAUUGGAAAGGUGUGAGACAAUAUUUAAUAAGUUUAUUGACAGAAGUUCAAGUACUUUUGUCGUUAACGUUGGAUUACCAGAUUAAGGUGGCCAUAGCUUAGUUUUCUUUGACUCUGAGUGUUGUUGGUUUCUGCUGAAUCCCCAAUCUUCGUCUCUUCACGACAGCCGCUGGCCUCUGCUCCCUCUCCACCCCCGGGCCGUGGCCGUACCGACCAGAGCCGAGCUCCGUUGCUGUUGCUCAGCCUUGCCGUGACGUUGACGCCCUCGUGAGAUGCAAUGCCUUCUGCCAAUCAUCAACAUGUUAACUAUACAAGACUAAAGGAAGAUAAGGAUCUAGCAACUGUGCAGAUCAAAGACAAUGGAAAUCCAAACAGAGGGAACUUUAGCAGUGCAAUAGAAGCAGCAGGAUUUGGGAAGUUCCAUGUCAUCUUGCUUCUGGUUUGUGGUUGGGCAAACAUGAGCGAUGCUGUUGAGAUCCUCAGCGUCUCCUAUCUUCUCCCGAAUGCCUCGAGGGACAUGGAGAUCAGUAGCCCCCAGAAAGGACUUCUUACAUCAAUCAUCUUCAUUGGUAUGCUUGUUGGAGGAUAUUUCUGGGGGUCAUUAGCCGAUAUCCAGGGGAGGCGUCAGAUACUCAUCUAUUCCCUGGCUUGUAAUGCGACCUUUGGGCUCUUGUCAAGUAUAUCAUACAACUUCUGGCUAUUUCUCACCAUGCGAUUCCUCAGUGGAGUUGGUGUUGGUGGCUCCAUUCCAGUCAUAUUCUGUUACUUCAGUGAGUUCCAGCCGUCACGGCACCGCGGAGCCAUGGUCAGUUGCCUCGCUACGUUCUGGAUGGCUGGUAACAUUGUGACUGCUGCCCUCGCUUGGGCUGUCAUACCCAGGGAUUCCCUGCUGGCCAGUUUGGAGAGCUGGAGAGUCUUUGUGGCCCUUUGUUGCAUCCCAGCUGCAUCCUCGGUCCUAGCUUUCUUGCUCAUGCCUGAAAGUCCUAAAUAUUUGCUAGAGAGAGGAGAGGAAUCAAAAGCUUUGAAUGUAAUAAAAGAUAUGUAUAUGCAGAACAAAGGAGUAUCGAAUGCAGAUAGUUAUCCAAUUCGUUAUUUAAUAGCAUCGAGCAAGGAAGAGAAACAGAUGUUGAGGAAUGAUGUCAAGCGAGGGGGCUAUUGCGAUCAGACGUCGUCCCUCUUCCGAGCCACCUGCGAUCUGUUCCAGGGUCCGCUGGCAAGACCUCUCAUCUCUAUGCUCGUCAUUAUAUUUAGUCUCUCUUUUGGGUAUUAUGGUCUAUGGAUGUGGUUACCAGAGUUAUUCAAGAGAGUAGAGAUGGGUGGCUCGGCUUGCAGUGAUCUUAAGAAAUUAGUUACAGCGCCCUCUAUAAAUGCAGAAGAUAAUAUCUACAAGGAUGGUUUUUAUACAGCACUCUCCAACCUUCCUGGGAAUCUGGUAUCCAUCUUUCUCAUGGAUCGGCUAGGAAGGAAGUUCCUCCUAACCUCUAGUCUCUUGGUUUCCGGUCUCUGUGUAUUCUUCAUAUGGUUCCUGGAGACAAGGGCGCAGGUCCUUGCCAUGUCUAUUAUAUUUGGCGCCAUCUCCGUUAUAUCAUGGAACAGUCUCAGUGUGCUUAGCGUAGAACUGUACCCUACUGUUUACAGGAGUACAGCAUUAGGAGUGCAGGGUAUCCUCAACCGGACGGGGGCCAUCUUGGGCAGUCUAAUGUUUGGAAUCCUGAUAGACCUUCACUGCGCUGUUCCGAUGAUCCUCAUCGCAUUCAUGCUCGCCCUGGGGGGUUUCACUGCCUUCACCUUGCCAAAUACGACAAAGAUUGAGCUCAAAUAAGCUUUCCUGUAACAUGUUUGAAUUAAGCUAACAUAAGCUUUAAAGUGGUCUCUUAGGCCCAUUUGUGAAUCUGGUGUAACUUAAUCGUAGUCUAAUGAAAUAUGUAGCUUUUUUAUGGAAAGCCAGGUAUGAGGCAGAUCAUUUGAGUUGAUAUUCAAUUUAACAGCACUAUUGAUACCCAAGCAGUUGAAAAUUGGCAUAUAUUUUAAAAUAAUGUCUAUGGCCUGAGAUACACAUACGUUGAAAGUGGACUGAGGCCGGCCCCUGACACGCCACAGCAUAUAUAUAUAAGCUCACUAUUUUUUAUUGCUGGACUGGAAUAAGGCAAUGUGAGUCCCGCAAUUACCCCCUAGGAGGCUUAACCACUAAACUAGAAAUAGCGAACAAUAGUUAUUGCUAACGAACAAUCUGUUGACAUGAAAAGACAGGCGAUAAGGAUAAAGAAUCUCAGAGUGGUUUCAGUCUACUUCUAGUGUAUAUGUAUCACCACAAAAUUGCAGGCUUCAAGGCGCCUCCAAAGCUGGCGUCCAAGGCUGCCUCAAACCCGACACAUGUGUUUCGUGGGCCUUAGAUUGCUUGGCAAAUGUACAGGCCAAACAAUGAUGAAUAUUGUUAGAAAAUUACUUUUCAUGGAAUUUAUAUUUCGUGGAUAGAUGGAUUUUCUGUACGAUUUUCCCCCUUCUUUUUUGAAUGAAACAAAAAGACAUCAGUGUAGACUUAUUAAUUAACCUAGCUCAUGUCGAUAAGCUUUGGAGCGCAUAGAGACGUUAUAAUUAUAAUGUGAUAUGUGCUAUACAAGAACUGUUUAUUAUUAUUAUUAUUAAUAAAUAUAAUUAUUACUACACUUGGCUUGCCAUACAAACAGCUGAAUGAAAGAUGCCCUGGGCCCUGUUGUAUAAGAGUUAAUAUUACGGUAACUUUGCCAUCCAGUGGUAACGCUGAUCAACAGCAAAUUAAAAUUAAGGAUACCAUGAAAGAUACCAUUGCAUGGUAAAGUUACCAUAAUGGUAACCUUUAUGCAACGGGGUCCUGGUUAGAUUGCUAACUUGGUAAAUAAAUUUGGAAAAAAAAUGACUUAUAUUCUCAUAACCUUGGAAAAUCAACCCUAUGUCAACUCAGACCUCACUUCUAUGAAGUGCCACUUGACAUCAUAUCCAUCAAUGGGUAUUAUUUUAAUCAUGUGAUGAGAAAUUGUCCCCCAACACCCCCCCCCCCUCCCUCACUGCCCCCGAUUAUUCAUAUUUUUAUAUUGUACUCUAUUCCAAGUGCAAUUAUACUCUUGUUAUUUGUAUAUUAAUCAAGAACAACUGUUAACAUUUCAAGUACUUUUUGUGUCAUUGUCAUAUUUUUAAUUGAUUUGAAAGAGUACUCGCGUAGCUCUGAAAAUGUGAUUGGAUUGGUAAUUUGUGGUUGAUUUUAUAUGUCUUGUUCAUUGAUUUAAUUAUUUUAAAGAGGUAUUUUGUGUUACUUACUCUUGAUUGAUAUUAUAAAUGUGUAAUUUAAUGAAUUGAAAAUCAUAAAGAAACAGAUAAAUGGUGCAAAGACCAACUGAUAUUUGUCUUUGUGUAUAAAUCAUGUCUGAUCAAAAAUGAAUAACAAACUGAUUUGUACAGUAUGUUAAAACAAUGAUGGGUUGAAAUAUUUUUUUAAACUGUUUUAUCAAAUUUAUUUCUAAAACCUUGCCAAAGUCAAACUUAUUCAAGUGAAAAAUGUUGCACUCAUCUGUUAUAAGUUACAACUGCUGUCAACUGGUCUACUCUGCCAUGUGCAGGGGCGGAUCCAGGAUUUUCCAAAAUGGGGGGCACAUUUUUCGGAGGAAAAACUUGAUAAGUAAAAAAAAAAAAAGGGUUUUAACCAAAAAAUUAAGGAUAUCGCGUCCCGGAAAAAAAAAGUCUUCACUUUUAAAAGGGGGGGGGGGGGCACACUUCUGUUUUAAUAGCAUUUUUACAUUACAAAUUUUAAUUUUACUUCUCAAAAGGGGAGGGGGGCAUGGGCCGGCUUUGUUCCCCCCCUGGAUCCGCCAGUGGCCAUGUGGACUUCUCCAACGUGGUCUAAUCCUAGUGUGUCUACAACUCAUUCAUCUACUAAGCAUUUGGUCUAAUUGCCUUUGGCAAUCACCAUUUUGUCUAAUUACCGGUUAAACUGUACCCAUUUCAUCCAAUAUCCACUUGUUCUAACACCUCUUAGUCUGUAUAGCUAGAUGAACUGUUUAUAAUAAUAAUAAUAUACAAAAUUUAUUGAGCGCUUUAUACAAAAGUUUCAAAGCGCUAAGAAAGAAGUGGGGAAAAUACAAGAUAUCUCAGAAAAAGAAAAACAAAGGAACUGAAGGUGAAAACACCAUUACGAAAAAUUAAUUAUACGUACAAAUAAAGAGAUAAUCAGUGAAUACACAACUUAAAUAUAACGGGUCGAUAAUCAUGUAUGUAAAUUCAAAUAAUCCUAAUAACUAAGCUCACAAUCCGACUUAAAAAAUCUGAACACAAUAUGAUAAUGCAAAUUAACUAAGGGGGAUAAUUUCAUACAGAACACAAAAGAAGCGAAAAAUAGGCAAGUGAAACUUAUUAAAAGAGGUGGGUUUUAAGGAGGGACUUAAACAGUUCUAACGAUGAUGCCUCAUGUAAAUUAAUGGGGAGAUUGUUCCAGAGCUUCGGGGCAAUAACUGAGAAGGAUCUGUCACCGUAGUUGGUUUUAGUUCUUAUGAACCAAGUUUUCAUUUGACAAAGUGAAAAAAGUCAGUGAUAAAUAGACCAAAUAGAAAUUAGACCAUCUGCGCAUUAUACUAAAACAGAAUUAGACUGAGUGGGUAUUAGACCAAAUUAAGUUUAAACCAAAUGGCCCAUAUUCUAAAGUCGGGUUUAAAUUAGGCAAUGGUCUAACUCUGUGCUAGGAAUAUGGGGAGCCAAAAAUUCAAAAAUUCUGUUUCUAUUGUAUAUUUCUAAUGUUUAAUAUUUUGCUUUCAUAAUGAAGAAAAGUACUUAUUUAUCUUUCCCAGACAAUUAUGAACAAUUUGGAUGUCAUAUGAGUUAAUAAAUUGAAUGUGUACUGUUUGGGAUUUGUGCCCCAAUUGGCUCUCCAUAGUUAAACCACAACUUUAAACCAGGGUUUAAUUUAAACCCGAGUUCAGAAUAUGGGCCAAUGUGUUUAUUCCCUGUGGUAUUAGACUAUCAGAGAACUAGGCCAAGUGAGUAUGAAAUUGAACCAGUCUUGCUUGGCAAAGUAAUAGCGGUCAAUCUUCCUGUAGUGGCAUCAGUGUAUCUUUAUCAAUAUUGGUUUAUCUGCACAGGUAGUGUAAUAUUAUACAGGUAAAAGAAAGUAAUUGCAGAAAACAAUUAUUUCAUGAGAAAGCGUUUAAAACCAAAUUUAAUUACCACCAUAUUAUCAUAGAUCUAGAUCUGGUACAUUGAAAUGGACUUAUCUUUGUGAAAUAUUAGCUGAAAACCGAUAAUUCCGAUGAUAACUAACAAAGAAAGGCAUAUGUUGGACAGUGCUUGGAAAAAUACCAGACAUUUUAAUGAAUUCUGUGUUUAUUUUGCUCAUUUCUCAGCAAUUUCACAAUGUUUCCCAGAGUCAAUUGGCACAUAUUUUUUUAUUUACACAUACAAACACUUGGGUGGUAAUUUUAUUGGAUUCUGUUUGAACUCAUUUUGAGAUUGUUACCACAACUGGUAUUUUAUUUUUUAAGUGGAAAAUAACAGUCACUAUAGAAGAGAUCUAAAGAGAUCUAAAAAAAGAUUGUGUUUCAUGUCUGUUCAACUUUUUCCUGUCUGUACUCUAUUGUAUAUGUACAUUAUUUAACUUUUCUUUUUCAAUAUUUUGGGGAUGUAUUCUAAAGACUGCUAUUUUCUGCCAGUAUUAUAUUAUUUAUAUUCAUGCAUUGAGUUAAUGUAACAAUCUCAAUUUAUCAUUAAAACAAUGAUUAUAUUCUGUCAUUUU